ACUUUGUCAUAUUUCCCACUUAUUAUUACAAAGUAACGUCACACCAACUUUAUCACCACCUUUCUUCUCUAUCCCAUUCAUUCUCAUUCAUUCAUUCACCUCACCUCACCUCACCUCACCUCCCUUUACAAGAAGAAGGAAUAUAUGCCUGCCGCUACCGCCGCCGCCGCCGCCGAAUCUUCCUCAGUUUCCGGCGAAACCAUAUGUGUCACCGGGGCCGGUGGCUUCAUCGCUUCUUGGAUGGUUAAGCUCCUCUUGGAGAAAGGCUAUACCGUUCGAGGAACCUUGCGAAACCCAGAUGAUCCAAAAAAUGGGCACUUGAAAAAGUUGGAAGGAGCAAAAGAAAGGCUAACUUUGGUCAAAGUUGAUCUCCUUGAUCUUAACUCCGUUAAAGAAGCUGUUAAUGGAUGUCAUGGUGUCUUUCACACUGCUUCUCCCGUUACAGAUAACCCCGAGGAAAUGGUGGAGCCAGCAGUGAAUGGAGCAAAGAAUGUGAUCAUAGCUGGUGCAGAAGCAAAAGUGAGGCGCGUGGUUUUCACAUCAUCAAUUGGUGCAGUCUAUAUGGACCCCAAUAGGAGUGUUGAUGUAGAGGUUGAUGAGUCUUGCUGGAGUGAUUUGGAGUUUUGCAAGAAAACCAAGAAUUGGUAUUGCUAUGGGAAAGCAGUGGCAGAAGCAGCAGCAUGGGAUGUAGCAAAAGAGAAAGGUGUGGAUUUGGUUGUAGUGAAUCCAGUUUUGGUUCUUGGACCAUUGCUACAACCUACAAUCAAUGCAAGCACAAUUCACAUACUAAAAUACCUAACUGGUUCAGCUAAGACCUAUGCAAAUGCAACACAAGCUUAUGUUCAUGUUAGGGAUGUUGCAUUAGCUCACAUACUUGUUUAUGAGAAACCUUCUGCUUCUGGUAGAUACUUAUGUGCUGAAACUUCACUUCAUCGUGGGGAGCUUGUUGAAAUUCUUGCUAAGUAUUUCCCUGAGUACCCAAUUCCUACCAAGUGUUCAGAUGAAAAGAAUCCUCGAGUGAAACCACAUAUCUUCUCAAAUAAAAAACUGAAGGAUUUGGGAUUGGAAUUUACACCAGUGAGUGAAUGUUUAUAUGAAACCGUUAAGAGCCUACAAGACCAAGGUCACCUUUCUAUUCCAAACAAAGAAGAUUCUCUAGCAGUCAAAUCCUAAACCAACCAUCCUUUGUUAACAAGUUCAAUUCAGGGCCAAAAAGAAUCAUCUUUUAGCUACCUGCGAGGCUUUAGGCUCUAGCAAUUUGAUACUAUAAAUGACCGUAAUUGGAUGGAUAGUUGUAAGAAAGUAUCAUGCUAGAAUUUACUAUUUGUCUUUAUGUUUGAAAAAUAAGCCCAUUAUAUUAUUGUCAUCCUUAUUAGUAUUUUCUUGAGCAUUCAACUCAAUUAUUUGCCAUAUUUGUCUCUAAGUUCAACAAGUUAAAAGUGUUUGUUAUGAAUAGACCCCAUGCAUUGUUUUUA